AUGUGAGAGAGAGAAAACGUGAUAAAUCCAUCUCCAUCGUCAAAAUCAGGUGAAUUUUCAACCAACACAAUCGCCUCCACUCAGAUCUCUCCCCAAAAUCCGAUCUUUCCUCGUUUGAUUUGCGCUGAAUCAAGAUUAUUGCAUCCCCUUUUACUCUCACGCUGCAAUUCAACAGCAGCUAUUACACGCACAGAAACGCGUCAGUGUGUGUAAUGCCCCUUUAACAUGGCGUGUAUGUGAGCAUAAAAUAAAAUAAUGGGGUCGAAGAAAAAAUCGAAAUCCACCAGUAGUCGUCGAAACGGCGGCGUAUCACUCUCAGGACUUCGAGUGAAGCACCAACAAGAACUAGAAAAAUUGAAUUUGACCACCCAACCGUUCAAGACGCUAAAGCUAUUCCUUUUUGCUGUUGUACUCUACCUCAGACGGUCGUUCACAUAUGUUUUGUCACAUGGCGGUUGGCUUAUGCUUUUUGGUGCCCUUGUUGGGGUUGCAGGGAUACUACUAGUUAUAGUUGAUGGUCCUCAUGAUAAGCAUGUUGAGGAAGUUUUACGUUACAUGCGGUUUGGACUGUGGUGGGUGGCUCUUGGUGUAGCAUCUUCCAUUGGACUCGGUUCUGGGCUGCACACCUUCGUCCUCUAUUUAGGACCCCAUAUUGCGUUCUUCACAUUAAAAGCAGUGCAGUGUGGUCGAGUAGACAUUAAAAGUGCCAUUUAUGACACAAUACAACUAAAGAGAACUCCUUCAUGGCUUGGCAAAGAUUGUUCUGAAUUCGGGCCUCCUAUAUUUCCGUCCUCACAAGGUGUGCGAAUUCCCAUCAGUAGCAUCUUGCCCCAAGUCCAGUUAGAAGCAAUACUAUGGGGUCUUGGUACUGCACUUGGCGAACUGCCCCCGUAUUUCAUUUCAAGGGCAGCUAGCUUGUCGGGAAGUACAGUGUCGGCCAUGGAAGAACUGGAUGCUUCCUCGACAGGAGACGAAGGGUUCCUUUCUUCCCUCCUGAAUAGAAUGAAGCGUUGGUUCCUUUCACAUGCCCAAUAUAUGAACUUCUUCACCAUUUUGGUUCUUGCUUCGAUACCCAAUCCUCUGUUUGAUCUUGCGGGCAUAAUGUGCGGACAGUUUGGAAUUCCUUUCUGGAAGUUCUUCCUAGCAACGAUGAUUGGGAAAGCAAUAAUCAAGACUCACAUUCAGUCACUUUUCAUCAUCUCCAUCUGCAACAACCAGCUUCUUCACUGGGUAGAAAACGAACUACUUUGGGUGCUCAGCUUCAUACCUGGCUUCGACUCCAUCCUAUCCAACCUCAUCCCCAAGCUUCAUUCGAUGAAGGACAAGUACAUGGCUGCCAAACCUCACACUCAAGCAGAUAGCAAGGGGAAGAAAUGGGACUUCUCUCCUGCUUUUAUUUGGAACACCGUGGUUUGGUUCAUGCUGAUGAACUUCUUCGUCAAGAUUGUGAACGCAACCGCACAACGGUAUCUGAACAAGCAGCACGACAAGGAAAUCGCUGCGAUGAAGAAUAAAUCAUCGAAACAAUCUGAUGAUUCUGAUACUUCUUCAUCCAGAUGAACUUUUUUUUUUCGAUUCUUCACCCUACAUUAAGCGAUAUCUCUACUUCCUCGCACGAUUCAUAUGGAUUAGGGAUAGGGGUUGGAUUCCAGGUGAUGACUGUAUGCAUUCGCUGUAAAAGACCAAAUGCACCCACAAGUUAUCAAUUUGAAACUGUUUAGGGAAAGGGAUGAAUUGUGGGAAGUCCAGAAUACAAUACUAGUGAUUUAACAUGAAAAAUUGGAAAUUUGAAUAAUUCUAGUUAAUGCUCUAGUAUUCUUGUAUGGAUUUAUGUUUUCUUACAACAGAAUUUGAAGACAAUGACACCAUGAUUUAUGACUUGUGCCCCAAA